AUGGGAUACCCUGAGACCUUCGAGGGCUUCUGCGUCGCAGGCCCCAAGACGUGGAACAAGUUCGAGAAACAGGAGCUGACGCCGAAGCCGUUCGGUGAUAAUGAUGUGGACGUCCAGAUCGAGGCGUGCGGUGUAUGCGGCUCGGACGUUCACACCAUCACGGGCGGCUGGGGCGACUACAAAGGCCCCCUAUGCGUCGGCCACGAGGUGGUUGGCAAGGCCGUCAAGGUCGGCAAGGCAGUCAGGUCCGGCAUCAAGGAGGGUGACCGUGUUGGUGUCGGCGCCCAGGUCUGGUCGUGCCUCAAGUGCCCCCAGUGCAAGACCGCGAACGAGAACUACUGCCCGCACCUGGUUGAUACAUACAACUCUCAGUACCCAGAGGAGGCAAGCGGCGGCCAAGCCCACGGCGGGUACGCCUCGCACAUCCGCGCCCACGAGUACUACACCUUCAAGAUCCCAGAUGCCCUGGCCCCCGCGGACGCCGCGCCGCUGCUCUGCGCCGGUAUCACGACCUACUCGCCCCUGGUGCGCGCGGGUAUCGGACCGGGCAAGAAGGUGGCCGUCUGCGGGAUAGGCGGGCUGGGCCACCUGGGGAUCCAGUGGAGCGUGGCGCUUGGCGCGGAAACGUACGCCCUGACGCACUCGGAGAGCAAGGUCGGCGACAUCCGCAAGCUGGGCGCCAAGGAGGCGAUCGUGACGACGGGCAAGAACUGGGCGGAGCCGUGGGCGUUCGCGUUUGACUUCAUCCUCAACUGCAGCGACAUGACCCACACGUUCGACCUGAAGUCGUACCUGUCGACGCUGCGCGUCGGCGGCGAGUUCCAUAUGGUCGGCCUGCCUGACGAGCCGUUGCCUGAACUGCUGGCCUUCAACUUCGCUGGCAACGCUGCGAAGCUCACUGGUAGCCACCUUGGCAACCACCAGGAGAUGGAGGCGAUGCUGCAGCUGGCGGCCGAUAAGAACAUCCGACCGUGGGUCGAAACAAUCGACAUCUCUGAGGAGGGGUGCAAGGAAGCCGUGGAGCGGGUCAAAGAGAACAAGGUGCAUUAUCGCUUCUCCCUGGUUGGAUUUGACAAGGCCUUUGGUACCAAGAACUAG